UAAUCAUUAAAAAACGAAAGUAAAGCAGCAGGGAAAACCUGGAGCAUGUUUGAUUCUAAAUGAUUUUUGUUUUUGACUGUGUUGAACGCGUCUAAUGGCUCGAAUUCAUCUAAACUGAUUUACGGAGGAGUCUUUGUCUCGGAAUGUUGGUGAUUAUUGUCGCUUUACUGGUGAAUCACCUCACUGAGACUUAUUCUGUGUCGUUCACUGUAGUGGUUCCUGGUGAUCCUGUAGUGGCUCAUGUGGGAUCCACAGUGAUUCUGCCCUGCUGGAUCAAUCCUCCUGAGAACGCUGAAGCUCUGGAGAUCCGCUGGUACCGUAAUGAGGAGUUCAGCAACCCUGUUCUCCUCUAUAAUGAUGGGAAGAUCCAGAACAUCCAGGAAUGUUUCAGGAAUCGAACCUCUUUGACUCAGAGGUCAGGUCAGUCUGGUGGACUGAAGGAUGGAGACGUCUCUCUACGGCUGGAGAAACUCACAUUUCAGGAUGAAGGUUCAUUUCACUGUGAAGUGAGUUUAGAAAGUUCAUAUGGCAGCAAAGCAGUAGAUCUCAAAAUCACUGAACCAUCAACUCUAUGGAAGGCUCUUUUCUUCACCGUUCUCAUCUUAGCUCUGGGUUUGUUUGGGCUGAUUCUCUACAAAUACAGAAACAAACUAACAUGUACAAAAAAAGGAAAGAAGAUAAAAGAAGGUAAAGAAGACUGUGAGAAUACUAUGGAGAAACUGACAAACAAAGAAGUUUGUGAGGAGGAAACUACGGAGAAACUGACAAAAGAAGGCGACAUAAAUAUAGAAGAACUAAAGAAACAUGCAGUUGAUAUCACUUUUGACAGUGAGCAUUUACAUAAAGGCCUGAUUCUCACUAAUGACUGUAAAAUUGUGAGGGACGAUCCAGGAUAUGAUCACACUGGAGAGGGAUUUCCAUUGGAUUUAUGUGCAUUUGGGGCCCAAAGAUUCACCUCUGGUAGUCACUAUUGGGAGGUAGAUUUGGCAGUUGGCGGUUCACCACCUAAGAACUACUGGUUAAUUGGUGUGGCGAAAGAGGGAGCUUUUACUGUAAGAGACAGAUCUGCUUUAACUCCAUCAAGUGGUUACUGGUUCCUGUGUUCAGACGGUCCUAAUGGUUUUCACACCAACACUGAUCCACCAGUUAAACUCUCACUGACACCGAGACCUGAACGACUGGGAGUUCUGUUAGAUUAUGAUGAGGGUCAGCUGUCAUUUUACAACAUCAAAGAGAGUAAACAUCUCCUGACCAUCAGCACCACAUUCUCUGAAUCAGUCGUUCCACUGUUUAAUCCUGGUGUGGGUGAUAAGAGCAUGCUUAGAAUUCUGGAUUGCCCAAAACCUGUAGAAUCAGCUGAAGAGUCCAGUCAACCUUUACUGAGUAAUAACAGCUCAGAUGGCUGACUGACCACUGCAAACCCAAUCAAACACACCUGAAGAAUCUAACCAAAGUCCUCAGGAUUACUCAAAAAGUACAGGUAGCUGUGUUUGAUUGGGAAUAGAGCUUAACUCUGCACACUCCUGAAAAUAAAGCUUGCAAAAGGGUGUUUUCACAGUGCUGCCAUAGAAGAACUAAAACUGGUUCUUCAAAAAACAUUUCAGUUCAGAGUGAGGAACAUUUUAAAAAAUGUUUUUACAAUAAUAAAAAAAAAAAAGUUUUUGCUAAAUGAAGAGGUUCCUUAAUGUUAAAGGUUCUUCAUGGAACCAUCAAUGCUAAUAAAGUACUGGACCAUUGUUGCUCAAAUCCUACUGCAUAACCUUUUUGAGCAUUUUGAUUUUCAAUACUUUGCACUUUACAAUAAGCUUCUGUAUGUCUGUUCAUGUAACAGAUUACACUAUUUAAUUGUGGUGCUUGUAAAUGAGUGACAAUGUGCAACACUUUAUGUUUUACUACCAAAAU